UUUUCCUGAUCUUUUAGUAACGAACUGGAACGAAUACCUCGAACUGAAAUUCGAUAAAACUCGAUCGAUUGUAGACUAUAAGUUAUAGCCAACGCUAUUCAUUGAAGUCGUGAGAUGGAGACCCCAACAGAACUGCAGUCGAUGAAUUUUCUAGAGCUAUUGACUGAAAUUGGAAGCAAAAUCCGACCACGCGAAGUUGAAAUCUUUAAAAAUAAACUAAAAGUAAAAGAAAGGGUUCCUUCUUCAUUGCUGGAUGAUAUUGACAGCCGUGAAUGGCAUUCAGGCCUGAAGUUUCUUAAAAAGCUACAAGAAGAAGGAUAUCUGGCUGAAGAUAAUUUAGAACUUUUAGAAGAGCUACUUCUGGCUAUCGAAAGGCAAGAUUUACUUCAGGAAUUAUCCGAAUUUGAAAAGAAAGUAAAGACUUCCUCUGACGUAGAAGGUGCGGUUGCCCGGGAAACAGAAGCUCACCAAUCAAUUUUUCAACGUGUUGCAUCCUAUAUAUCCAAUUUGUGGAGAUCUAUAACCGGCCGAGGUCGUCGUACUAUUACUCCUCGUGUUACUCAUGGUAUGUAUUUAUCAAAUAGAACAACUUUUUCCGUGCUCCGUUCAGUAAUAAAGCACGCAGGAAGUGGCGUAUGCACGAAAGAGGUGUAAGGAGAAGCACGAACCGUAGGCGAGUGCUUCUCACACUUCUUGAGUCUAAACAGUCUAUAUUUACUUAUACCUGACAGUCUCAAUCCAAUAAUAUAUAGUUCAAUAUUUUU